AAUAUGCACGAAAGAAAAAUGCAUAAAAAACGCGAAAAGAAUAACAAUUCGUAUUUAUGAAUUACAAUUUACAUUGUUUAUUAUCUUAUUGGGUUUUUAUGUAAAGAUGCGAUCGGUGAAAACAGAAAAUGCUAGCAGCAGCGAACAAUUGCUAGCCUGCCGGGUUUGUCUAACCACUGAAGCAAAGUUGUACAAUAUUCAUGAAAAUGGCCUAGAAAAAGAAAUUCUGGAUCUGCUAGGGAUCGAGGUGUCAGCAAAUGAUGGGUAUCCACGGCAUGUGUGUGCAUUCUGCAGGGUACUUUUAACAAAGUUUAAGCAGUUCCGAGCUUGCAGCCAACGGGCCCAGGAGCUGCUGGGGACGCUUAAGAAACAGCAUGGGCUUAAUACAAGCACCAUCGCCACCAUCAACUCUUCGUUUACAAACCUAAGUAUCCACACCACCACCCUCAUUGAAUACCAACACCAAGAACCGGAACCCAUCAUCAAAGAUGAAAUAGAAUCCAAGCAUGAAGAUUUAGUAAAAUACGAAGAUUUAGAUAAUAAUUUAGAUGUGGAUGAUAAUAUAGAUUAUGAUGCGGAUGAGGACUAUAAAGAUGAAGUGGAGGUUAAGAAGAGGAAGCGAAAGAGAAAGGUUGAGAAGGAAGUUACUAGGGAGAAAAAGAAGUUACCUAAAGAAAAGAAGAUAAAGAAAAUGUUCGAGUGCGAGGCCGAUUUCCCCGCGUUUGAGGCCAAAUACAACAUGGAGAUAGUUGUUCUCACGAUGGAGCAGCAACUAGAAAACAUGGCCGCCAGGAAAAACUCCUCCAACUUUAUUAACUCGCCUUAUAAAUGCCAGCUGUGUUUUAAAGGAUUUUCCUCUGAAGCUACUUUUAAAAAUCAUAAUUUGAAACAUCAUGAUCCGAGUGUCGGAGCGCAGCAGUGCGAAUUGUGCUUCUCUCGGUUCCGUAUCCCCGCCUUCCUGCGCACUCACGCCGAAACGCACCGCCUCAAGUUUGUCUGCAAGGACUGCCGCUUUGUCGCUAGUAAUAGGUACCACGCCAUAACGCACUUCCGCGAGCACAGCGGGUUCAAAUACGUCUGCAAAUAUUGUGGAGCCAGUUUCAAGAAACCAUCGACACACGGUACGCACGUACGCAUCCAGCAUCCCAGUGAGAACACAUCGUGCGACGUGUGCGGGGAGACCUUCCAGGGGGAGUUCGGGCUGAGGAUGCACAAGACUAGAGCGCACAAGCAGAAUUCCGAGAACGAAUCCGGUUCUCUCAACUGCAGCACGUGCGGCGUGCAAUUCGCCAGCUCGUACGCGAUGACGCGGCACACGUUCACCGCGCCCGACAACGUGUGCAACCCGAGCAUGAGAACGUGUACUCUGUGUGGAGAGAACCUGGCGACUGAUGAACUGCUGAGGAGCCAUACUCAGGAGCGACACAGCAAACCAGAGACUAAAUGCGAUGAGUGCAACAAAACAUUCCUAACCGAGGCGUCUCUGAGCGUCCACUACGAACGCGUCCACCUGCAAGUGAAGAGUGUGAGACGGAAAGCGUCCCACCACGCGCGGAAACAGUACGGGGGUGUGGUCAUGUGCGAACUGUGCGGGAAGAGAUGUAAGAACAGCACCAUCCUGAAAUACCACCAGCGUACACACACAGGGGAGAAGCCCCACAGCUGCCCGCGGUGUCCCAAACGAUUCGUCUCCCCCAUGCUGCUACACUGCCACCUGCGGUCCCACACGGGGGAGCGCCCGUACAAGUGCGCGCAGUGCCACAAGUCUUUCACGCAAAAGUCCGCGCUCACCGUGCACAGCACGGUUCACACGGGUGAGAAACCAUUCGCCUGCAGCAUCUGCGGCAAGUCGUUCACACAAGCCGCCUCCGUACACACGCACGUCAAAUACGUCCACAUGAAGAUGCCCGCGCCGCCGCGUCGGCGGAACCUCAAGCGGGAGUGAACUGUCACACUAUGGAGAAACCAUUCACCUACAACCUAUGCACCAAGCCUCCGUGCACACCCGUCUGGUCUGGGACUAGAAUGGUGACAGACAGGUGCAACUGACCCUUAAUUUCUUACUUCCUUAUUCAUUAAACUUAGCAAACUUCUGUAAAAUUUUGUCCUCUUCUAACAAACACACAGGUAAAAAUGACGGAUAAGGACAAACGUUUAGAAUCUCGCUAACAAUUUAUAAUACAAGACCCAAAAUUUUAACGUACUAUUAUUACGAGCCUAUUGUGUCCCACUGCUGGGCAAAGGCCUCCCCCCUUUUCUUCCACUCCUCCCGGUUUUGAGCUACAUCUGGCCAGUCUCUCAAAAAGGAGUCCAAGUUAUCCCGCCAUCGCCGACGAGGUCUGCCUGAUCUCCGGUUAGACUCGUGGUGCUCCCACUCCGUGGUUAACUUGGCCCACAAGUCAUUCGGCAUGCGACAGACAUGAUCAGCCCAGUCCCACUUUAACUUGGCCGCUUUUUUAACGUAACUACUUUUUUUAGUAGCCAAAGAAAUUUAAUGUAACAGGCUUCUUUAUUUCGAGAUGUGAGUGUCUUCGUAGUUUCUGUGCAUAAAAUAUACAUAGUGGACCUCAGUUACUGGGCAAAUUUUAACAGUGUGAAAACUGUUUAUCUUAAAUUAUUUAAAAAAAAAUGAGAUUCUCACAAUAAGACCUUUCAUUUGAUAUAUGACACGAUAUAGUUUGCAAAACUUUGUUUCUGAAUUUUCUCAUUUACCCCCAAAAAUGGCCCCCAUGUUUCAAAUUUAUUUGUAGACGUUACAUGUCCGUCUUUGGGUCACAAACUUACAUAUGUGUGCCAAAUUUCAACUUAAUUGGUCCAGUAGUUUCAGAGCAAUGAGGCUGUGACAGACGGACGGACAGACAGACGCACGAGUGAUCCUAUAAGGGUUCCGUUUUUUCCUUUUGAGGUACGGAACCUUAAAAACAUCGACAGAAAGUUGAACAAGUAAAAAUAAACCGCUGUUCAAAUUUGUUGGUAACUUGGGUCCCACGGUGUAUAUUUGUAUACUUGUGUGUAUAAGAAUCUCAACCAAUGGUAUUAUUAAUUCUUAGAAAAUGUGCAAUAAAAUCUGUGAAAGUAUUUGUAAAUGUUGUAUUAGUAAUUAUUUUUAAGUAUUUAUUUAUCAAGUUUUAC